GCAGAGCUUGUUGACCUGGCAGAGAGCAUCCAGCAGAAAUUGUCAUAUUUCAAUGAGUUAGAAAACAUAAACACGAAGCUAAACUCCCCAACCUUGUCUGUAAAUAGUGAAGGAUUUAUACCAAUGCUUUCGAAAUUGGAUGACUGCAUUGAAUAUGUUUCUUCACAUCCCAAUUUCAAGGACUACCCAGUUUAUUUGGCCAAGUUUAAACAAUGUCUUUCUAAGGCUAUGCACUUUAUGAAAAUCCACAUUGUAAACACUAUGCAGAAUCUCACAAGCCAGUUAACAAAAAGGGAUCCAACAGGCUUGACCAACGCCGACAAUGCCUUCACACUUUACUAUGUGAAGUUUCGAGCAGUUGCACCUAAAGUUAGCUCACUGAUUGAACAGAUAGAACAGCGAGCAGAGAAGAUUCCAGAAUACUCUCGGCUCCUUGGUGAAAUCCAUCAGUGCUACCUUGACCAGAGACAGCAGCUGCUGAGUCCCAGCAUCACAUCCACCAUUACUGACCUGACCAACCAAAACAAAAAAGACCACUGUGCUCUG